UGGUACUCUUUUCCUCCGAACUUCUGGUUAGAGGCUAGAGGAGAGCUCUUCUGCUAAGAGUGGAAGCUUGCUGCAGAAGGUUCUCUGUGCUUUUUAGUGAUACCCAGAAAAAGAUUAAAGAAAUACCCAGAAUAGAAGCCUCAAUUUAGGGUUUCUUAGGGGAAAACUUGCAGGGAAUCACGUUUAUCUAUAUUGACACAGUUGACACGUAAUCUUGUUUCUUUGUUUGAUUUUGAUUAUCUUCGCCGGCCGUUGAAGGAAUUUUUUAUUUGUGUUUUUUAAUUUCUCCUGUUGGAUUUGAAGUAGGAUUGUGUGUCAGUUCGAGAAGUUUCAUUUGUUGUUUGUUCGUCUUCAUGUUAGAUUUUUUAUUCUUGGUUGCAGAAGCAGAUUUGGGGGAACGAAGGUUGUGGGUGGAAUUAGGGUUUUAUCUAUUCUAUAUUAUUGGGUCUUUUUGAUCAGUUCGGGUUUCUUUGAUGAUUUUAUGUAUGGGUUUGUGACGAUUAGGGCUUUUGUGGGGGCUUUAUGAUUUUCCGUUAAAUAUGGGGUUUAUGUAUGUGGUGGACUUGUUGGGUAAGGUAAACUGAUUUGUCUUUGUGGUAUUAUUAGUUGUUUAAUAAUUUCAUUGGUGGAGUUUGAGGAUCUUGGGUGAGGUUCCGUUGGGUGCCGAAAUUGGAGAGCAAGAACAAGAUUGACAGUUUCUAUAAUUGAUUAUUUUUUGGGUUUCUGUGGUGGAGAUUUUGAUCCUGGGGAUACGAUGAGUUCUAGUGUUACAGAGGAUUUCGCCCCCAGAGGGAAGCUACUGGUUCAUAUUGCAGAGAAUGGCCACAGUUUUGAGCUUGACUGCGAUGAAUCGAUGACUGUUGAGGCAGUUCAGCGGUACAUAGAGUCGGUAUCAGGUAUUCACCUCAACGACCAGCUUUUGCUCUGUAUGGACAUGAAGCUUGAAUCCCAGCGGCCCUUGUCGGCCUACAAACUUCCGUGCGAGGACCGUGAGGUCUUCCUCUAUAACCGAGCAAGACUUUUAGCGGAUUCCCCACCCCCUCCGCUAGAGCAAGUUGAUAUCCCUGAAAUUGCUGACCCUCCAUUGCCAUCAGCUUCACAAGAUCCGCACCCUUUGGAUGAUGCUUCAGACCCUGCACUCAAGGCAUUGCCUUCGUAUGAGAGGCAAUUCAGAUGCCAUUUCCAACGUGGGCACGCUAUUUACAGUUCUACGCAAGUGAAAUUUGAAAAUUGUGAGAGGCUCUUGAGAGAGCAGAAGGUGCAAGACAGAGCUGUGGAGACUGCCAGAGGUAGUAUGGACCAUUACUAUCGGAUGAUACAUCAAAUGUAUGCGGACUUCAUGAAGUGUUACUUACAGCAACAUCGGUACCAUUCGGACCUUUUGGUUAAUUUUGGGAGGGAUUUGGAGAAGUUAAGGUCUUGUAAGCUUCACCCAGGUCUGCAGACGGAUACCCGCAAAUGCCUCCUUGAUUUUGUUAAAGAGGAAAACUUAAGGAAAUGGGCGGAGAAUUGUAACAACUCGCACCGGCAAUUCGAGGCAAAGGUUUCACAACUUAGGCAGAUGUUUAAUGAAUUGAAGCGUCGGGUUGAAGAUUUGUUUUCUAGCAAGGCUUCUGCUGCAAUUGGGGAAUUAGAACUGAUGAUCAAAGACCAUCAGCAAUAUCUUCAUGAGCAAAAGAGUAUAAUGCAGUCUCUCAGCAAGGAUGUCAUCACUGUAAAGAAGCUGGUGGAUGAUUGUUUGAGCUGCCAAUUAUCUGCAUCACUCCGUCCUCAUGAUGCAGUUUCAGCCCUGGGCCCUAUGUAUGAGAGCCAUGACAAACAUCACUUACCCAAGCUGCUAUCUUUUGGUCAAUCCAUUUCCAAGCUGCUGGAUGUCUGCAAGGAUAAGAAGAAUGAGAUGAACCAUUUUGUCCAUAUUUGCAUGCAAAGGGUUGCAUAUGUUCAAUUCAUCAUUAGAGAUGUUCGGCUACAAUUUCCAGCUUUCAAAGAGGCAAUGGUGCGCCAAGAUGAUCUGUUUGCUGAUCUGAAAUUUGUACGUGGAAUUGGCCCUGCAUACAGAGCCUGCCUUGCAGAAGUGGUGAGAAGGAAGGCUUCUAUGAAGUUGUACAUGGGCAUGGCUGGACAACUGGCAGAAAGGCUUGCAACAAAGAGGGAGGUUGAGGUCAGAAGACGGGAGCAGUUCUUGAAAGCACAGAGUGCUUUCUUACCUCGGGAUGUAUUUGCAUCCAUGGGGUUAUUUGAUACUCCCAGUCAGUGCGAUGUAAAUAUUGCUCCUUUUGACUCUAAUUUGCUGGAGGUUGAUAUUGCUGAUAUUGAUCGUUAUGCACCUGAAUAUUUGGUACAUAUUCCUUUUAAAGGCGAGAAACAGGGAACAUCAAAAGGGUCAUUUUCCAUGUCAAAUGAUAGAUUCCAAUUGGCUGAGGCAGAAGAGUCUUCUGGGGAACUCUCUGAGAAAUUUGAUUCUGUGGAGUUACUUGAAGUCUAUGACUCGGUAGAAAUUGCUGGAACGAGCAAGAUGGAGGUAGAGAAUGCGAGGCUGAAAGCCGAACUUGCUUCUGCCAUAGCACUAAUUUGUUCAAUUAGCCCUGAAAUUGAGUAUGACUCACUGGAUGAUAGUAAGCUGGAUAAUUUACUCAAGAAUGCAGCUGAGAAGACGGCUGAAGCUUUGCAUCUGAAGGAUGAAUAUGUAAAGCAUCUUCAAUCCAUGCUAAAGAUGAAGGAGAUGCAAUGCCUGUCAUAUGAGAAGCGCAUGCAAGAGCUAGAGCAAAGAUUGUCUGACCAGUAUCUUCAAGGACACAAUCUGGAUGUCUCUGAAUUUGCCAAUUCAUCUGUUAAAAUUGACGAGUGCAAGUCAGAACUAUCAGGAGAUGGGGAGGCCCACAUGCCUUACAUCUCUACUGAACCCAUGGAUGAGUUCUCCUGCACAACUGCUUCAUUGGAUGCAAAAGUGGAACAUUUCAAUAGCCAUCCAGGCAAAGCCCGAGAAGGGGUUGAUGAAAAUAUGAUUGAGUCCUCUGGCAUGCUAAACCCUCAGUUGGAUUUGUCGAUGGUGGAGCCACAUCGAGAUGAACUUCAAGUAGGAGAUAAAUCUGUGCAAGAGACAAUGGUGGGGCAGUUGGGUUUGACACUGUCUAACAGCUCUACUGCUGAGGCCAUAUUGGAGCCUCAGAAUAUUUUACCUUGUGAAACUGGAAGAGAACCAGAUACAGAAUCUAAAUUUAAGGGUGAUCUUGUCUUGGAAUUGCAAAGUGCACUUGCAGAUAAGUCAAACCAGUUGAGUGAAACUGAAACCAAGCUCAAAGCUGCAAUGGAGGAGGUUGACAACCUUAGUAAAGAGUUGGAAAUGAGUCGAAAACUCCUUGAUGAAUCUCAGAUGAACUGUGCUCACUUGGAGAAUUGCCUGCAUGAAGCGAGAAAGGAAGCACACACUCAUCUUUGUGCUGCUGAUAGGAGGGCCUCAGAAUAUAGUGCGCUGCGUGCCUCUGCUGUGAAAAUGCGCAGCCUUUUUGAACGACUUCGUAGCUGUGUUAUUGGUUCAGGUGGAGUGGCAAAUUUUGCUGAUUCCUUGUGUGCUUUAGCUGUGUCAUUGACAAGCUCCAUUAAUGACAAUAAAGAUGAUGGCACUGUGGAGUUCCAGAAUUGUAUCCGGAUCCUUGCAGAUAAAGUUGGUAUUCUGUCUCGACACCGUACAGAGUUGCUAGAGAGGUGCUCGAGGGAUGAAGCUUCACAUGGGCAUCUAGUAAAGGAACUAGAAGAGAAGAAAGAAUUGAUAAAAAAAUUAUAUACAAAGAAUCAACUUGAGAAACAGGCAAGCAAGGAGAAGAUAUCAUUUAUUCAUUUUGAAGUCCAUGAGAUAGCUGCGUUUGUUCUGAAUUCCGCUGGGCAUUAUGAGGCGAUCAAUCGGAACUGCUCUAACUAUUACCUCUCUGCAGAAUCUGUAGCUUUGUUUGCUGGAAACCUCCCAAGCAAACCCAGUUACAUAAUUGGGCAGAUUGUGCAUAUAGAACGGCAAACAGUAAGGUUGCCACCUACUCGGUCUGAGCAUGGGCGAGAUCAAGUAGAUAACCUGAAUUCUGAAACGGGGACUCAUCGGUUGACAGCUCUGGGGUCGGUGCCCACAUCAAACCCGUAUGGUCUCCCUGUUGGCUGUGAAUACUUCGUAGUGACAGUAGCCAUGUUACCUGACACAACUAUUCAUUCAUCACCUCCUUCCUGAUCUUUCUGCGACUAGACGUACAUGACGGAAGAAACAAAGUGUACAUAUAUGUAUGGAAGAAGGAGACCCUUGUCUUGAUCGGAGUGGAGGUUUAAUUCCAUCCUCUUUGUACAGCUGAUCAUCAAUAUGGUCUUAAAGUUUCUUGUAUAUAAUAAGCUACUUUUCUUGUAACUAGAAAAUUGUGAAUAUUCUUCAGCUCUUAAUUUAUUUAUUAAUCUUCUACCUUGUCCAGUA